AUGAGCGGCGGCGGCGGCUUCCCGGCGCUGUCUGCCCGCGGCGCCCGCAUUGCCGCCGGCGUGCCGGGGCUGCUGGACGGGGGCUUCGCCCUCUACGUCUCCGAUCCCUUCGACCGGGAGCGCAACCCCGAGGGCAUCGUGAACCUGGGGACCAGCGAGAACAAGCUGUGCUUUGAUUUGAUAGAGGAGAGACUCACACGGCCUGACAUGGACUGCCUGCAGCCCGAUCUCUUCCAGUACCCUGACACGCAGGGUGCGAGGAGCUUCAGAGAAGAAAUUGCCAAAUUUCUGACUCACUAUGCCAGAGCCACAAAAGAACUUAGACCAGAACAUAUCACUGUCAUGAAUGGCUGCUGUGCAGUUUUUGCCACUCUGUCAACUGUGCUGUGUGACCCUGGUGAUGGAUAUCUUAUUCCAGCUCCUCACUAUGGUGGCAUAAAUUCAAAAAUGUGGCUAUAUGGUGGACUGCAGCCCGUGCAUGUGCCCUUGUCCAGUGAGGUGACUAAUGAAGAAACUCACCCUUUCCAGUUAACAGCUGAAAAAUUAGAAGCUGCACUACAGAGAGCUAAAAAGCAGGGCAUCAGAGUGAGAGCAUUAGUCCUCAUCAACCCUAACAACCCCUUAGGGGACAUUUACCCAGCGCAGUUACUGAAGGAAUGCCUUGACUUUGCACACAGACAUGAAUUGCAUGUAAUAAUGGAUGAAAUCUACAUGCUGUCUGUUUAUGAUGAUACCACCUUCACCAGUGUUCUUAGCUUAGAUAGUUUACCAGAUCUUGAACGAACACAUUUCAUGUGGGGUUUUAGCAAGGAUUUUGGUAUGAGUGGAAUCAGAGUUGGGGUACUGUACACCAGAAAUCAUGAAAUUCAGAAAGCUGUGAAUCAACUAGCUGUCUUCCACAGCUGUCCUGGACCCGUUCAGCAUGUUCUCACUCAAUUCCUUAAGGACAGAGAUUGGUUGGAUAAUGUGUUUUUUCCCACCAACAAGAAGAGACUUAAGGAAGCACAGAAUCUUCUUGUGGAUGGACUUGCAGACAUUGGAAUACCUGUGCUGAAAAGUUCAGGAGGACUCUAUGUGUGGGCAGACUUCAGAAAAUUCUUAAAAUCACAGACAUUUGAAGCUGAACUCGAACUAUGGCAGAAGAUCCUUGAUAAGAAACUCCUGAUUAGUCCUGGGAAAGCUUUUUAUUGUUAUGAACCUGGAUGGUUUCGAUUAGUUUUCUCUGAUUCUGUGAAUAAGAUUUAUUUAUGUAUUGAGAGACUUCAGCAAAUGCUGCAUGCUGAUGAUGCCAAACCAGUUGUAAACAACACAUCUGCUACUGCAGACUCUUCAUGCAGCCCAGAAAAAGAUUCUUCUGGCAUACCAUCAAAUACACCACGAGAUGAUGCCUCCCAGCUAAAAAAUAUAUUUGUUUUUUAAAUUUA